AUGGCCGUCUUUAACAUGCUCCCAACCCAAACGAUGCAACUUAUACACGUCCAUUGUAAAUCAAAGGACGAUGAUCUCGGAACCCAUAUUAUUGCCAACGGCGACCGCUGCGAGUUCUCAUUCAAUGUGAAUAUAUUUCAGACCACGCUCAUCUUCUGCGGAAUCGGAUGGAGUGGUGGGCUCGCCGUCUUCAAUGGGUACAAGGCCAGGAGGGAUCUGGAGAGGUGCUUGCGCUAUUGUAUGUGGGACGUGAAAGCAGCCGGCGGGCAGGGAUUCAGGGAUGGAGUUAGCAAUCGUAAUAUUGUAAUUCCAUAG